AUGGUAUCGUGGGAGUUGCAUUCAGUCAAACAACAACUGUAUGACAUAACGUUGGAACCCCUUGCAGAAGGCAUAGACUUGAGUGAAGCAGAAGGUCAGUUCGUUGGGUGCACGAGCACCAACAGUGAAACCAGCUGGAAACAAAUAAAUAAAUGGAUCGGCCAGUGCUCGGUCAGCCACCCUUCCUGCCAUGUUCGAAUUCGAGACGAUUCUCGAGAUCGCAAGCCCACGAGACUGUUAUUCGUGGGUGAUCUUGUCAACCCUUCGGUGAAUCUUUGCGAAACCAAAACCAUGGAUCUGUCGCGGACAGAUUACAUGACACUUAGUCAUUGCUGGGGUGACGGUGUUCCGCUACGUCUCUUGCACGGAAAUUACAAUAAAUUUCUUGCCGGGAUCGAGUUCAGCGAAAUACCAAAGACAUUCAGAGAUGCCAUAGACGCAACUCGGCGACUGAGUGUCCAAUACCUAUGGAUUGACUCUCUGUGUAUCAUCCAAGACUCUCGCGAAGACUGGCUCCACGAAUCCGCAAAGAUGCAUCAUAUAUAUCAGAACUCACACCUCAAUCUCAUGGCGGCUGCUUCAUCCAACUCCCACGGCGGGCUCUAUUCGUCAAAAUACCCCUUUCUCAGUAUCCCAUUUGUUGCGCCCCUUGGGGAUCCUCACAAUCCAAAACUCGCCUCAUAUCCAUACAUGAACGCCAAGAGAGAGAAUCUCAAUGAUUUGACGCUCUUUUCGAGAGGCUGGGUGAUGCAAGAGAGAGUCUUGGCUCGGCGAAACCUGAUCUUCGGGAAAGAGAUACACUGGGAGUGUCAUGACUCUAGCGGGUCCGAGAACUCCCCCUUUGGAAGUGCUCUAGAAAAGCGACAACACACAGUCGAGGGAGAAACGGAUGCAAGUCGCCGAAAUGUCUGGCAGAAUAUUGUCAAAGACUAUUCCCGCUUGAACCUGACGUUUGCGAGCGACAGGCUCAUUGCCAUCGCGGGCAUGGCCGCCGAGUUGGGACAGCUCUGGGACGGUGUCCAGUAUCACGCCGGUCUUUGGUCAUUACAUCUCCGUUCGAGUCUUCUCUGGCAUAGCAUAAAGCCAUCAAUUCCAGCAAAUGACUUCAUAGCGCCAUCUUGGUCAUGGGCGUCUGUUGGCACGCCGGUCCAAUGGUUUGACGCCGACGACUUUGAUGGGUUAGCCCAAGUUUUGCAGGCGGACGUUACGUUGACCUCGCCAGGGCACCUGUUUGGCCCUGUGACCAAGGGGACUAUUCGUUUGAACGGGCCCAUGUGUCAAGCAACAUUGGUGAAGACGAAGUACGCAGAAAUCUUGUGUUUCGAUCAAGAUACCAAAGUCACGGUUUCAAACUCUGGCAUGCCCGAGGAAGAUAGUGACAACCUUAAAUCAGGAUUCCGCACGAUGGUGGUGCUUGAUCAUCUCCCUUGGAACGAGCAACAGAUGGCUACACAUACGGACGUGGACAUCACAGUCUACGUGGCCCCCCUGCAAACCGACAUAGACCUCAAACUGACCUACUCCAGCCUGCUGCGACUGGGCGGGCUGCUUCUGGUACCCUCAGGGUCAUCAUCUCCGGGACAGUUGCGCAGAAUCGGACACUUCUUUAUCCAGGACCAGUGGGGUAUGGAAGGCAGGCGCGUCUAUGAGGAGCGGAUAGCGAAGAUGAGAAAAGAAGGGAAGAUACAACAGAAGGAUGAGAACCCCCCAGGAUUUGCCGACCGAGGGGAGUGGCUAGAGAAAGAUCCGUUUGGCAACGGUGUGAUUACCAAAACGCUCCGCUCUCGUUAUACCUCGGCCGUUGAGUUGGGUUAUGUUGGGGAGAUCAGCAAGUUUCUCGAUUACCUUGAUCGAUAUGCCGAAGAGCGCAACAAGCUGGGUAUUAUGGAUCCUAAUCUCGGAGAAGAAGAUGGCGAAGCUAGGGGGUGGUAUAGAUACGAGAUUGUUUGA